UGUGACGAUGACAAUAUACCCUGAGAAAUAGAACACUUCAUAUUAUUAUCAAGAAUAGAAUAUACUCGAUUAGUUUUCUAUAAUGACAAAGUUUGUCAAGCUUAGCAACGGUAUAGACAUGCCAAUAAUAGGCCUGGGAACUUUCAAAGUGCGUGGGGUAGAUGUUUUGCGGCCAACCUUGGAGACGGCCAUAGCUGCUGGUUACAGGUCCAUAGAUACAGCUUCAGUGUACAGAAAUGAGGCAGACAUCGGGCUUUUGUUGAAGGAGUUGUUGCCUAGACAUGAACUAGAACGGCGAGAGAUUUUCAUCACAAGUAAACUGGGCCCCAAAGACCACGGGAAAGGUCGAUGUCGGGAUGCAUGUCUCGGGUCACUGGAGAAGCUGGGCUUGAGUGACAUUGACCUUUACCUUAUCCACUGGCCAGGGACUCAAGGUCAUGCCCCAGGGGAUGCUGGUAACCCCACCCGCAGGCUGGAGUCCUGGAGAGAUAUGGAACAACUUUACAAGCAAGGCAAGUGUCGGGCCAUAGGAGUAUCCAACUACACUGAGAGACACCUCACGGAACUGCUGGACCAGUGUGAGAUAGCGCCACAUGUUCUUCAGACCGAGUAUCAUCCACACCUUGUAAGGCCGGGAUUGUUGAGUCUAUGUCAACAACACAACAUCCUUCUACAGGCGUAUUCUUCACUCGGUACAACUGUCAGUCCAGAACAGAAGAAUAAGCUACUACAUGACGAGACAGUCCUGUCUGUAUCGAAGGAGGUAAACAGAAGUCCUGCCCUAGUGCUUCUACGAUGGGCUGUACAGCAGAGUAUUGGUGUUAUACCAAAGUCUACAAAUCUUGAACACAUACGCUCCAAUCUAGAAGUAUUUGACUUCAAACUGACCAAUGGUCAGAUGGACAAACUGACCAGUCUCGACCAACAACAUCACUACUGCUGGAACUCAGAAACGGUGCUCUGAGCCAAGACAAAUGAGAACGAGUUUGAACCAUCUUUGAUGAAAAGCGACAGUCUGUAAUAAUUCAAUAACUAAAAUUGAUAUGAUAGCUGAAAACUGCUGGUGGGAUUUUUUUUUCAUCUUAAUCAUGGGCCUUCUUUUCAACAAACGUAUUGUAUUCCUUUAACUUUAAAUUGAUAAUCCUGAGAAAGGAAUUAUAAAAUGUUAGUUAUGAAAAUUGUGUUUCCAUGGUCAUGUAAGAAAAAGGCCUGCAUUUUUCUAUUAAACUUUGUUAACAUAACAUUUUACGCUUCCUUAAAUGUGCCCAAAGAUACUUGGUUUUACAAUAUUUUAUUGAACACUUGUUGUUUAAAGGGUCUCUAUGGCUUUUAAGGGAAUCAAAAACUGCUUAUAUCUUAUAUGGCUGUGGACAAGAAUUUCCUUAUUUGAAAGAGGGUAAAUCCCCCUGUCAAAAGUGUGUGUAUUAAAAGGUUUGAUAAAAUCUUCUGUUACUUGCUGAAUGGCAUUUCCCUACACUUCCAGUUCUUCUUGUAAAACCUCUUGUGAGCAACAUGUUUACAUGUCUCAGCAUGCUUUGUGGUAGCACUACCUUUGAACUUUGUGUACAAGAAGGUAUUGACAAAUGUAUCAGGGGCUGUUUCUAGCCACAAAAAGGCCAUUGUGAUGUAAAGGCUGCAUUUUCGUAUGGUGAUAGUGGUAUAGAAGCCUGCCUCUCACCAAAAAGGUUGUGGCUCCUAAUGGAGGAACUCAUCCGUGAAACAGAUUCAGGAAUGAUUCAUUUUAGAUAUGCAACUGAAACUUAGUACACAUAUUGCCAGAAGCCAUAACCACAUGUAUGGCAAGGCCUAUGUCUCUGGCUUUAAUAAUGGUUGAUUUAUGCACUUUGUUUAACUGGCAUCAAUUUCUCGAAACUUCUUAUGUCCCUUAUGACAGGAUUAAGCUAAUCCUACUAUUUCUCUUUGUCUAUAAUUCCCGUAAUAUUAUAUUCAUCCAGAGUUAUUCAACCGUAAAUAUUAAUUUCUUUUAUGGAUAUCACAAAUAACCAUAUUUCAUUUACCAAAAUCACAUUAAAGUAUGUGUUUUGACUAUUUGAAAUAAGCUGCUUAAGCCUGUUAAGCUUAAAAAGUUUCGAGAAAUUGAUACCUGAAGAUAAAAUAAACAAGCAUUGGAGUUCUCACUGCAACACUUUGAUGUUGGACAUUCAUGUUUCCUACCAUACUUUGGUCAUGAAAUAACGGUGUAGUAUUUGUGUUGUUUAAAGAUAUUAAUUGUUCUGUAGAUGGUAAUAGAUUCUGUUCUUAGUUGAAGACUUUUAAAUGGUAAAUAUUUUUUUGCGUAGUUUGUGUGUGUAUUGUUAUUACUACAAAACAUUUUUUUUUCUCUGGAUCAUUCAGACCAGUUGUUUUUUGUUUCAGAAUUCACAUUCUUUGUUUUCAACAAGAUUCCUGCAUGGUAAAAAGCAGUGCUCUGUGCAAUAGGUUGCCAUGAAACUGAUAAGCCUCGAUUUGAACUGAAUUUGAAGAAGUCUAUCUCCUGAGAUGUACUGCUGUGCAUCUGGCAAGUUUUCUUCAAUCAUAUCUGUCUCCGAUUCAGGACUUUGGUUGUUCGUAUUUUGCUGCUGCUCAAAGCUGUGUGUCUGUAUACGUAAAUCAUCUUAUUUCAAUAUAUUUUCAAUAUCAGUUAAGGAAUGUUCAAAUAUUCGCACUACAUCAGUGUCUUCGCUUCCAUCCAAACAAUAUUGGUAUCUGAAUGCAAGCUUGCUGAAUUAUUUUGUCAAUCAGGGCAUUUAAGCGGAUACCCAUAUAACUUAAGCCAAUUAAGGCCUCGCAAUGGGUUCGUUUCAGCUUUGACAUAAGGAAAAAGGCCUGUAUUUUGAUGUAGACAGCCCACCACCUUUAAAAGCAGUUUUUAUUCCACCUAAAAUUCCAUGUUCCAGCUUUGACGUUGUGGAGAAAAGGCCUUUUUUUAUGUAUACAGCCCUCCAAUGUUUAAGUCAGUCUUUUUUCCGGCUUUAAUUUCAUGUUCCAGCUUUGACGUUGUGGAGAAAGGCCUGUAUUUGAUGAAGACAGCCCUCCACUGUUUAAGCUAGUUUUGAGUCCGGCUGCAAUUCCAUGUCUCAUUUUUCAGUGUGGAGAAAGGCCUGUAUUUUGAUGAACACCACCCACCACUGUUUAAUCCAUAUUUUUAUUCCAGCUUUAAUUCCACAUUAUAGCUUUGACGUUGUGGAGAAAGGCCUGAAUUUGAUGAAGACAGCCCUCCAUUGAUUAAGCCAGUUUUUGAGUCCGGCUUUAAUUCCUUGUCUCAUUUUUCUGUGUUGAGAAAGGUCUGUAUUAUUCUGUUUUUUAUUCCGGCUUUAAUUCCACAUUCCAGCUUUGAUGAUGUGGAGAAAGGUCUGUAUUUGAUGAAGACUGCCUUCCACUGUUUCAGCCAGUUUUGAGUCCGGCUUUAAUUCCAUGUUCCAGCUUUGACCUUGUGGAGAAAGGCCUGUAUUUGAUGAAGACAGCCCUCCACUGUUUAAGCCAGUUUUGAGUCCGGCUUUAAUUCCAUGUUCCAGCUUUGACCUUGUGGAGAAAGGCCUGUAUUUGAUGAAGACAGCCCUCCAUUGUUUAAACCAGUUUUUAUUCCACCUAAAAUUCCAUGUUGCAGCUUUGACAGUGUGGAGAAAGGCCUGUUUUGAUGAAGACAGCCCUCCAUUGAUUAAGCCAGUUUUUGAGUCCGGCUUUAAUUCCUUGUCUCAUUUUUCUGUGUUGAGAAAGGUCUAUAUUUAUCUGUUUUUUAUUCCGGCUUUAAUUCCACAUUCCAGCUUUGAUGAUGUGGAGAAAGACGCGUAUUUGAUAAAGACUGCCUUCCACUGUUUCAGCCAGUUUUGAGUCCGGCUUUAAUUCCAUGUUCCAGCUUUGACCUUGUGGAGAAAGGCCUGUAUUUGAUGAAGACAGCCCUCCAUUGUUUAAACCAGUUUUGAGACCGGCUUAAUUUCCAUGCUCCAGCUUUGACGUUGUGCAGAAAGGCCUUUAUUUUGAUGUAGACAGCCCACCACCUUUCAAAGCAGUUUUUAUUCCACCUAAAAUUCCAUGUUGCAGCUUUGACAGUGUGGAGAAAGGUCUGAAUUUUGAUGUAUACAGCCCUCCACUGUUUAAGCCAGUUUUUUUUCUGGCUUUAAUUCCAUGUUCCAGCUUUGAUGUUGUGGAGAAAUUUGUUAAAGACAGCCCUCCACUGUUUAAGCCAGUUUUGAGUCCAGCUUGAAUUCCAUGUUCCAGAUUUGACCUUGUGGAGAAAGGCCUGUAUUUGAUGAAGACAGCCUUCCAUUGCUUUAGCCAGAUUUUUAUUACGGGUUGAAUUCCAUGCUCCAGCUUUGACUUUGUGGAGAAAGGCCUGUAUUUGAUGAAGACAGCCCUCCACUGUUUAAGCCAGUUUUGAGUCCAACUUGAAUUCCAUGUUCCAGCUUUGACCUUGUGGAGAAAGGCCUGUAUUUGAUAAAGACAGCCCUCCAUUGAUAAAGCCAGUUUUGAGUCCGGCUUUAAUUCCAUGUUCCAGCUUUGACCUUGUGGAGAAAGGCCUGUAUUUGAUGAAGACAGCCCUUCAUUGAUUAAGCCAGUUUUUGAGUCCAGCUUUAAUUCCAUGUUCUAGCUUUGACGUGGAGAAAGGCCUGUAUUUGAUGAAGACAGCCCUCCACUGUUUAAGCAAGUUUUGAGUUUUGAUUCCAUGUCACAUUUUUCAUUGUUGAGAAAGGCCUGUAAUUUUAUUUACACUGCCCUCCACUGUUUUAGCCAGUUUUGAGUCCGGCUCUAACUCCAUGUUUCAUUUACAAGGCUGAGUAUACCAGGGUGCUCGAGUCACCCGGGCAACUUCAUUCUGUACAAGAGAAAUUAAACGUGUGUGUAUUAAUGUGUAUGUUAAAUAGGAGGAAAAAGGCAUGAAGUUGUUUUGCAAAUGGCAAAAACAUACAUGUAUUGUAUAAACAGGGAAAAUGUAAUAAAUACCCAAGUAUGAAUUUAUUAAUAUAGGUUAUAAAUAUAUAACAUUGUCCCAUUUGCACUUCCUUUCGUCCUUCAAACAAUCAAUGUCUUUUUUUAGAUAAAUUUUCAAUUAACACAGCGCUUACUUUCUUUAAAUUAAAUCAAGCUGGCAUCGCUAAGUUUCUCGACCUUGUCAGUGUCCAUGUGAGUUUUUAGCCUCGGAUCACGAGAUGCAGCACUUAUAUGGAUAGAUAGAUAGAUUUAUUUCAGAAAUAAAAUGUACAUAACAUGGCAUUUAAAUACAUGAUAAAAAUAUAAAUAAAUAAAUGCAUCCAUGUUAAAACCACAUUAUAUUGCUAAGGAUAACACAAAAAAGAGAUUAAAAAUCCCUUAUUUCCAUUGUGGUCCUUUUUAUAUUAAUUGGUUGAAAUAGGAAGACAUUUUAGACCAUUAAAAAAUGAAAUACUAUACCAUAAAAUUUUCUUUACAAUGAAAAACAUAAGAGUAUGUACUCUGAUAAAUCUAUCUAAGACAUGAUUACAAAAAUUAUCUUGGAAUAAAAGAGGAACAGUCCUAAGUCCAACAAGUGUGUCUUAAUAGAGGACUUAAAACUUGAUCUUUCUUAAAGCUGCACUCUCACAGAUUUACCAUUUUUACAACUUUUUUAUUUUUUGUCUUGGAAAGGGCAAAUUUUUGCGUAGGUAUCUGUAAACCAAUGAUAUAAGAUUGCUGACAAAAAAUCACAUCAUAGAUUUUCAUAUUUCCGUUCGAAAAUUAAUGUUUUAUGGCUUAAACCGUUACUAACGGUUUAAGAAAAAUGCAUAAAACAUCACUUUUUGAACUUAAAUAUACAGAUCUGCAGUCUAUUUUUUGGCAGCAGUCUUAAAUAACUGGUUUCCAUGGAUUCUUGCAAAAAUCGGCUCGUUCCAAGACAAAAAAUAAAAAAGUUGUCAAAACGUUCAAUAUGUGAGAGUGCAGCUUUAAAUCUUGUGGUAAAUUGUUACAUAAUGAACACCCACGGUAGGCAAAUGACUUUUUACCAAAACUGUUGACCUUUGGGUAAGAAUAGCAUCCACUAUCAAUGAAAGUACAUGUAUCUUCACUAUUGGUCGUAGUUGACACUCUAAACCUAGUACUAUAAUUGUGUGCAGUACUUACAGGAAUAAAAUGUUUCAUCAUAUAGGAAGGGGCUGUUUUAGUAUGUAUUUUAAAAACAUGACAGAGAGUUAUGAAGUCUACUCUUUUUGCUACGGGUAACCAGUUUAAAGUGGUGAACUGUUCCUUGCCAAUAUGGGAUCUAAAAUCUAAAUUUAAAAUAAACCUCAUAAUUUUGUUCUGGGUAACCUGUAGCUUGUUUCGCAAGUCCUGGGUAAUGGAAUUUAACCAGACAGUAGAAGCAAAAUCAGAUCACUUAGUGUGGGAUAUGUUUCUAAAAACCUUUCAACCAGGAGUUACACAGAGUUCAACUCAGUUUUCACAUCCUAUAUGACAGUAUGAUUGGGUAAUAGAAGAUUUUUGAGCUUCUCCUGAAUGGAACUCCAGCCAUAUGAACCGUUUUAAACCACUCAAUGACAUACUGGAUGCGUGCCAACCAUUUAAGAUAUUAGGCUUCAUUGUUUAGUUUUCUAGCUGACAAGUCUAUUCUAUGUUCAAACAUGGAAUGUGCAUGAUAUCGAGGAGUGUUGUCCCAGCAGCCAGAUUUGCAGCAUUGUCAAUGAAUCCAAAAAUGUUCAUUUUGCAUCUAUGAUCCUAAGUGAUGUUUAAAUAUACAUUUAAAUAAAUAUAAUUUAACAAAUAUUGUUUUUAAUGAACAUCAUGUACUCAAAUAUAUCUUGAAUGAUUUUUAUUAGACAUUUUUUACAGAAUCUACUACAUUGUGAUCCCGACAUAUAAACUAAUAUCCAAAUAAACGUACCUGAUAAAAGAUGAGCUCUAGCGUCGAAUCUAUGUAUCGAUGUUGGAUAUAAAAAAUGGAUAAAAUGGAUAUAAAAGUGAUUGUCAAGAAAGUAAUAAGUACGUCAAGUCUCAGUCGUUGUCAGUCAAAGUUUGUCUGUUUCCUGUUAGCUGGUUCCCUACAUCAGCUUCUAUUAGACUGGUUAUAAUAAUAGAUAAAAGUGACUGGUUGCCAGAUCACAACACACCUCCCCCUUAUAUUUUUCAAGAUGUUUCAUUAUCUAUCUAGAUAUAUGAAAUAUAUAUAGUAGAUAAGCCUUAUGUCAAUUUCACAUGAAAUGUACCCAAAAGAUUGGGAAAUUAUUAUUAUUGUUAUGAAUACCUUAGCUGUUUACUUUAGUGUCAAAACACCAAUUUCCCACAUUGUCAGCAUUCACAAAGUUUUUAUGUUCAGUUUUUACUGCAACAUGUACACUACUCUGGCUGCCUCUGGGCCAAAGUUCUACUUAGUGUGAAAUGUUUCAUGAUUAUAAUUUGUCAUUCGUCCAUUAGGGAUUAGCUCUGGAACUGCUAAAAAUGUAGUCAGGUUUAUAGUUUUGGUCAUCAAACUGUCCUACAGUGUGUCACUGCUUUAGUCUGUCUGGUCUAUAUGCUAAUGAUCGACCUCUAUGGGCUGCUUCUGAUAGUUUUCUAGAAGGCAGGACACUAGUUUUUCCCUGAAUUUGGUGGUACUACAUCUUCACAGUACACAAUGUAACCAUUUGUCAACAAGGGUAUAAUGUCCGGGGAUCGACUACCCUCAGCACCCUCAGAGGGUGAUUUCUCCAUGGAUAUGUCCCUCAGCACCUGAAACUCUUGGCGUAUAAAGUGUUAUGCAUACACAUUAAACAUCAAGAUGAACAAACGCCAAUCAACUAAGCACACUAUACAAGACUGACCGUAGUGAAAAAAUACAAAACACAAUUGAAGGAGAAAAAUUGUUUGUUCUUUUUAGAUUUGAGCAUGAAGUGUUAUUUCGAGGACCUAAAUAACCCAAUUUGAAACCAUUUGUAAACCCAUGGAUGAUAUACUGGGCUAAAGGGUACCCGAAUAGAAAAGACUUGGCUUGGGAUGAUUUGGGCGUGGAUGAGUUUUGAGCGGCCUGGGCAGUGAAUUGUUUAUUUGAGUAUGUGCAGUGGAAUGCUGUAUGUUGUCCUCUGCAAAACCCACACAUGUGGGGCUGGGAACAUUUGGGAUUAUGGCAUCCAGUGCGCUUGUUGUGAUUCUCGAGGAAUUGUCUGACUUUGAAUGAAGUUGACUUUCCAGGACGAAAGGAACGAAAUGGCUGUGUUUGUGCAGAUACUGUGUUGAAAGAGGUACACGCCAUUAGCCAAAAUUCUGUGUGUAACCUGUCCAUGGCAAAGGUGCAGAUGCUCGGACCAUACGAAACUGGGUGUCUUAGAAAGCAAAUGAAAGACCUGGGCGCCAUGAAGCGAUAUCCCGAUAUAUCUCCAUAUACUUCAUGAGCUGGGAAGUUUCAAGUGGAUAUCUGUGUGAGUAGACGGCAAUAAGCCGAAUUGGUGUUGAUUGGUUGAUGCCGUAUGCUGUAUGAGCUGGGAAGUUUCAAGUGGAUAUCUGUGUGAGUAGACGGCGAUAAGCCAAAUUGGUGUUGAUUGGUUGAUGCCGGCAGAAGCGAAACUAUGUCGAUAUAUUUAUGUGCCCAGAUAGCUUUUUGGACCGACAUCUUUAUUUUCGAUAGGAUCGGGGAGCUAAUAGGCUCAGAAUAUUGAAUUGGUGUGCCAUUACCUGUUAUUAACUCCGAGUGUUGGCGAGAAGGGUAGUCUGGGUCUUCCACAGACUCAUCUGAGUCUGAAGUGUCGCUUUCAGGAAUAUGAACAGUCUGAACACCUCCAGGAGGGAUAGACAUUGUGUGGAUGGUUGAUCUUCUCAGACGUGAACUGUUAGGGUUCGGAGGGGCUGGGAUGAUUAUCUCAGCUUCACUUUCGGAAUCUUCAUGAGAUAAUGAUAUGAAGUGAUGAUUGUUCAUCGAUGUAGAAGAUACAGACGGAUUUGCCAGAACCGGGGCUUCCGCCUCCGCUUCACAAUCCGAAUUGUCAUGUGACAGCAAAAGCCUAGUACGUUUUGACACGUAUGGAGAGAUAUCCAGAAAAGCUGUGGCGCUGGCCGUUUUAUUACUUCUAGGUUGUCCAGUCCGCCUCUCAGUUGCCACCUUCUUAUUUCGACCUGCAGUCAGGGCAUGACGAGAAUUUUCUCGACUUGUUCCAUCUAGUGGAAUUGGUGCUUCUUUUGUUAGUGUCUGUGUCGGGGCAGCCAGGACAACUAGAUACUGUGGCAGCCUUACGUGUUUGACGCCGCAUCUGAAAAAUAUCAAAACCUAUAGAAAAGAAAAUGUGGUUGCAUUAUGCACCGCACAAAGCAACAGAAAAAAAUGUCAUGCUGCACCAAACAAGGUUGACGCGCCGCAAUGUGCACCGCACAAAGUCAAAAGAUGUGCACAAUGCACUAACUAAAAAGUUGACCCGCGCCACACCGUGGUCGCAAUGUGCACCACACAAGGUAAAAAAAUGUGCACCACACAAAAUAAAAAAGUUGACCCGCGCCACACCGUGGACGCAGUGUGCACCGCACAAGGUCAAAAAUGUGCACCACACUAAAAAAUAAAUAAAAAGUUGACCCGCGCUACACCGUAGUCGCAAUGUGCACCGCACAAUGUCAAAAAUGUGCUCCUCACUAAUUAAGGUUGAUCCGCGCCACACCGUGGUCGCAUUGUGCACCGCACAAGGUCUGAUGUGGUCACAUUCAAAAGCCACCUGUGGACACCUUAUGCACCACACAGACAAGAACAUGUGCAUACCCCUUUGAAAACAGUGAAAUCAUGCCGCACUGUGGUAACAAACAAUAUUAUACAAUUAAUAAAACUGUAAAGAUGUAUUUUCAACUAAUUAAACUGAAAUAUCAAGCAUUAAACUUAUCGUAAUGGAAUAUCAUUGACGAAGUUGAAUAUUCUUCGUAAAUUAAAGAAAUGCAAAGCUAUUCCAAACUUUAGCGUAACGUACCAAGUUAGUUAUUGAAACAUAACAACUUGCCUAUCACUUGACUGUGGUACGGAAGGCUGGAACUAUGGCUGCCCGAAGAUUUGACAAAAGUUUGAACUGCCCUUCUCUGGAAAGGUGGCAACCAUCCGAACUGAAGUGUUUUGCCUUCGCCUCUGCUGACCAAAAUCCCUUGAAUUGCCAUAGAUAUGCACGAACAGGAAAACGGGAAUGCAGAUUGAUGUGAAGUUGCAUAUUUAAAGCAUCCACUCGAUUAUUGAACCACUCAAUGCCAACUGGGUAACGGAUUUGCACAGAUGCUGUACAUCGAUGUAAUACUUGGCAUACUAUGACCUGUGUGAUGUUCAAAAUAUGAAGUGCACUGUCAACUAUAUCACAAAUUUGAUUUGUAAUGCCUUGCACGGUUAAUUUAAAGUUAUAUACGUAAUUAGUGCCAAUCAGUUAUAUGAGAACAUUCGGAGAAAAGUCGGCCACUGUUCCAAUUUUAGUUUUGAGAAUUCCAAUUUUAGUUUUGAGAACCACUGCUGAGGCCCCAGGAAAGCCAGAGUACUGUAUCAUGGGCCGUCCGUGUAAACCUAAUUGAAAAUUAAGUGAAUCCUCCUCUCGAAUGAAAGUUUGAAGUCGAGAUACAAAAGAAUGUCCAAAAAAUUGCACUUUCUUAGGCGCGGCCAUUUUAAAUCGCUUAUGUCCUUAUGACACACAUGUAGGUCAAUGACGCUUACAUCCACAGACUGAGUAAUCCGUUUUCUAAAUAGCGCAAACCGUACAAUGUUUCACAAAGUUAAAAGGCAUCGGAAGGUUGCCACUACUAUAUUUUUAAUCCAGAAAUAGGACGAAACAAUUCCGAUUAAUAAUGCGUAAAGUAUAGACCUUCGCACACAAUAUAUCGGUAAAAUUAUGCAAAAUAUUUUGCUCAAAAUAUGCAAGCACGUAUCUCAGAAGAUUUUUCUAGAAUGGCUAACGCGGGAGGCUAGCGAUAGGCUGACACCCACCACGUGACCACUGGUCAUGGCUUGGAACGCUGAUAAGUCAAGCACACACCACGUGACCACUGGUCACGGCGUGGAACGCUGAUAAGCCACGCUUUAGAUGUAAACGGUUAAACCCACACAUUAAGCAAGGGGUGAUUCAGUUCAACCCACAGAUCCAUAAAACAUUUUAUGUCGGCAUAAAAUUAUAUUUAUUAACUAAUUUAAACAUCUAUAGGACUUAUACUUGAAGCAUAUAUCCCAUUGGUUUCUUCUUGUGGAAUCACUGUGCAUAUUCAGACAAUGCAGAUGUGCCAUGUAGAUUCCCUACAUCUUGCAGAGGUCUUUCGUUAAUGUUAUCAUUUUUUAGCUGGAUUAUUCAAAGAGUACGAAGAGCUAUCCUAGUCACCCGAGCGUCGGUGUCGGCAUAACCACUUUGCACACUUGUUUACCAUCAUGCCCCCAACCUGUACACAGGAGGAGGUAACUCUAUCAAGAAUUUUGACAAAAUAAUGCCCCUUUUUCUACUUAGAGUUUACGUUAAAGUUUGCAUACCACUUCAAAUAUUUUCAAAGUCCAUUGACAUAUGGCUUUGAAACAUUGCACGCCUGUUCACCAUCAUGAUCUCAACUGAAAAGCGGCGGAAUAGUCGAGCGCGCUGUCUCUGUGACAGCACUUGUUCUUUUCCAUUUCCUUCGUAUCUUUCGUCAUUUUUCUUUAUUUGCAAAAUGAGUCCCUUUAUUGGUCAAUUGAAUGACAUCCAGCAUCAUGUUAGGUAUAGUUGAGCAUAUAGUACAGCUGUUACUUCAACUUCCAGAAGUUUUCUAACUGUUUAUGUGAUUUCAUUAAGUUUACAUAUAUACAGUGAACAAUGGGAAUGUAUAUUGUAGGUGUCAUCGAAGAUCAAAAUCAUAUUAUGUGCAAAGAGACUUCACAACAAUAAUUUAAACUUCAGUUAUAUUUUUUGAAUUGUGUUUCUUAAUGUACAAAUUGCUAGCUAUUGGAUGAGGCCCAAUCGGGGGUGCUCAUCACAUUCCUGUGACAGUUUUUAGGUCUUAAAACUUCCUGUGGUUGUCUUUUUAUUAACAUAAAUGCUUGUUCACAGCCAUGAUAAUUUGAUCUUUAUGUAUUAUUUAAUUUAUUUUGAAGGGCACACAAUAUUGGUUGAUGCAAAAAAAUAAAAAUUUCAUUACAUUAAAAAUCAUGUUGAAUUUAUUUGACUUUAAAGGUAAAAAUAAAAAAGAAUGUGCUAAAAAAUGAAAAUGAAUGCAUUUAACAUCAACCUACAUUGUGCACCUUUCAAAGCCUAUGUUUGUUUAUGUAAUUAUUGUAAAAUGACAUGCAUUGAUGGGUUUAUAUAUUAUAUUCUUGCACAUGUGAUUGUGUUUAUUGUUAAACAAUACAUGAGAAUAAAGUCUUCAUUCUU